CAAAGAACGAAAGCACCGACAACAAAGAUGGGUGCAUAUACGCAACAUUCCAAGCGAAGUGCUUUUCUUCAAUUACCACGAGAGAUACGCGACCGCAUCUACGAGUUAUCCGAGCUCGUGCCUUUGAGGUGUGAGCUAGAUAUUUGCGAGCCAGUUGGUAGUCUACCAUGGGCUGCAGCAUACCCACCAUCACCUCUUUUCGAAGUCUGUUCCCAAGUAGAAGCCGAGGUCCUAGAGCUGUUUCAAAGUCGAAACCAUUUCAGGUUCUGGCUCGGACAGCACAGUUGGGCUGGGAACCAAUCCAUGUAUGGCUCUCUCAACUCCACAUUUACAGAAGCGCAAUUCAAGCCGUCGGACCUCUCUUCCCUCAGCGGCAUCAAGCAGCUCUAUCUGAACUUCUAUAAAGGCACCGGACCAGGCCAAAUAGUGGCGUCGGAACUAGCUGCAUCAGCCAAUCAAGUAGAGAGAAUCACGAUCUGUCCCAACAGACAUAGCCAGUAUCCAACUUCCGCCCAGUUUCAGUCUGCUCUUCUGAGGUUCAUGAGAGACAUUCUAGAGCACAUCCCUUCGGUGCAUACUGUCAGGUUCGCUCACCCGAUUUCUGAAGAAAUUGCUCGGAGAAUAGCUGACGAGACUCCGCUUCAGAUCGAGGCAAUUUGUGCGGGAGAGAUUCAUGAAGGAUGUGACAGAACGCUUCCAUUGUCUCCAGAGCCGUUUUGCGAAUCAUCCGGGUCCAUAGCAGCCUGGGGAAGUGUCCCAGACGACUAUACGGCGUUCGCAAACAUACAGGGAUAUAUUUGGAAUGUUAGGCAGUCGGUGGAGCGAUGGCAUCAACAUUUCGUGUCAAGAGGAGACUCGGUUUGA